AUGAGCGUCGCACCGCUGGUAAGGCGGCCUUUGGGCUGUCUCAAGACAAGCCUACGCCAGGCCAGGCAGCAACGGACCACUAUCCGAAAUAUGGCGACAGAAACAACAGCCUCCAAUUCCACAUCAGCACCAGCCCUGGAGCACGGCUUCUUUCGCCUAACCGACCGAAAGACCAAGACCCUCCGCUCCGCCUUUGCAGUUUACCCGUCGACAGCCAAGCCCGCCGCCCCGGCAGGGGCUCCCAAAACUCUGCUGCCACCCCCAAAGAAUCCGCUCGAGGCGCUGCACGCGGCGCAAAUCAAAAAGAUGGACCCUACGGGUGUGCGGACUGCGCUCUUUUCCAAGUCGAACCGCGAGGGGGCCAAGGUGGGCGACAUCCUGCUGGUGACGCACCGGCGCGGGGGGGAGCCAUUUGCCGGCGUGCUGCUGUCGAUCCGGCGGCGGGGGAUCGACUCUGCCAUCCUGCUGCGCAACCACCUGAGCAAGGUGGGCGUGGAGAUGUGGUAUAAGAUAUACAACAAGAACGUGGCGGGCAUUGAGAUCGUCAAGCGCAAGCCCAAGCGGGCCCGCCGCGCGCGCCUGACCUACAUGCGCAAGCCCAAGCACGACAUGGGCAGCGUCGACGAGAUCGUGAAUGCCUGGAGGAGAAACAGGAGGGUGUUUACCACGGGCAAGCCAAGGAAGGGCGGGAAAAGGCCAGCUGCUGCAGCAGCUGCCGGGAAGAAAUAGGGUGGCGUAAGGGAAUUGGGAGCUGGUGCUGGCUAGGGUUAUUUGUGUCUCUGCCUAGCCGUGUAUACCGUGUAUACCUUGUAUAGAAUAUAUUCAGAGAUCUCUUGUUGUUUGACUGCGUAUGCUAACUGACCAACCCCGCGAUGCCAGGCCUACGCAGCCGAUCGAGUAUCAUCUGGGCUCGAACCCAGCCUCUCAGACAAUCAGCAAGCAAGAUGCAUUGAAAGAUAUCUGGGACCUCAGGGCCUUGACUGAAUCUCAACAAGUCUAGAUUAAAGUAGAACUAUAGCUAGCUUUAAGUGAAUCAUGAUCGUGAAUAUU